UUUCAGGCACGUAGCACGGAAUACAACCAAAGCGUGCGUCUGCAUUAUCCGGCCUGGUAGCCCAAACGUGGACGUUGGCUACGUAGUUCGUGUCCACGCUUUCAAUGUCCACAGAGGGCGUGUCGCGUUCGAAGAUCACGUAAAAGGGUGGCAGCUCUCAUGCUUCUCAUGCUUUUCUCUGGCGAUUGUUGUACCGCGCGCACGUGGAACGUAGUGAAUACUUGCUCGACGUCAAUGAAAAAAAGAUGAAGUUCUCUUACAAGUUCAGUAACUUACUCGGCAGGGUCUAUCACAGAGGAGACCUACUCUUUUCUCCAGAUGGAUCGUCCGUUAUUAGCCCUGUGGGCAACAGAAUCACGAUUUUUGACUUAAAAAACAAUAAAUCUAUGACGCUUCCCGUGGAAAGUAGAUUUAAUUAUAUUGCUGUCGAUAUUUCGCCAAAUGGUAGCAUGUUGGUUGCAAUUAACACAGAUGGCGAAGCUCAUAUCAUCAGUUUGAUAAGCAAAGUAAUUUUGCACAAGUAUAGAUUUAAAGGACACCCUAAGCGCGUCAAGUUUUCUCCAGACGGAAAACAUUUUGCGGUUUGCAAGGGAGGCGGUCUUUUCGUUUUCAAUGCGCCGGGCUUACAAACGGGGGACUACAAUCCAUUUGUUAUGGAACGUGCGUUCCACGGUGCCACCGCUGAAACCACGUGCGUCAGUUGGUCUUUCGACUCGAAACUAUUAGCAGUCGGUUCAAAGGACACCACCGUCAAGAUAUAUAGCUUACAAAAGUGGGCGAACUUUAGGUGGAUUACAUUGGGCAGUCAUUCUGACGUCAUUGUAGCUUGUUUCUUUGAAGCAAAGCAAUAUGACCUGUACACUAUUAGCAAAAACGGCCGAGUUUGUGUUUGGGAAAGUACGCUUGAACCAGAUGAUUGGAUUGAGUGGCAACCGCCUUCGAAAAAGGAAAGACCCAAAGAUAGUGAUAGCGAGGAUGAUAUUGAUGUAGAAAAAAUUAUAGAGAAGCCAGAGAAGCUAAAAACCCGUACUGAACAAUUAAACGCCGACGACUUGCCGGAAGAUGAUGAAGCAACAGCUUCUAUGAAAGAGCAAGAUAAGAAGGGAGUGAAAAUGUUGGGUUACAAAAAGCGAGCGACUUUUUAUCUGGCGGACGAAGUUCACAAGCAAUACAAAGAUGCAAAACUUACUGCCGCUGCAUAUCAUCAGGACACUCGGAUAUUAGUAAUUGCAUUUAAUAAUGGUUCUUUCUAUUUAUACGAGAUGCCACACGCCAAUUUGAUCCAUUCAUUAAGCAUUUCUCGACAGCGUAUUUCGUCGAUCGCGUUGAAUUCUACCGGAGAUUGGAUAGCCAUAGGGUGCACCCACGCAGGCCAGCUCCUGGUUUGGGAAUGGCAAAGUGAGACAUACGCCAUGAAACAGCAAGGGCACCGAACUAAUAUGAACUAUAUGGCGUACAGUCCCGACGGCCAGUACAUUAUAACGGGUGGCGACGACGGGAAAGUCAAACUAUGGAAUACGUUAACUGGAUUUUGCGCUGUUACGUUCCACGAGCAUACGUCAUCGAUAACCAGCGUUCUAUUCAGUCACAACCGUAAAUUCGUCGCGUCCGCCUCGCUGGACGGAACGGUGCGGGCGUACGAUUUAGCGAGGUACAGAAACUUCCGUACUCUCACCUCGCCACGUCCAGUGCAAUUCUCCUGCCUGGCGAUCGACGCGAGCGACGAGUUUCUCGCUGCGGGUGGUCAAGAUUUCUUCGACGUGUAUCUAUGGAGCAUGAAGCUCGGGAAUCUCUUAGAGAUAUUAAGUGGUCACGAGGGACCUGUUGCAAGCUUGGCAUUCAAUCCCAGCCCCGCCAGUACGGAAUUGGUAUCCGCAUCCUGGGACAAAACGUUGAAAAUAUGGAAUGCCAUUGAAAACGGCUCCGCGCACGAGACCAUACGACUAACCGCUGAUGCGCUGUGCGUGACUUACAAACCAAACGGAGAAGAAGUCGCUGUCGCCACCUUGGACGGGCAGAUUAUAUUUUUUGAAUGUAAAACGGCAAGGCAGAUAGGCUUUAUUGAGGGCAGAACCGAUUUAGGCGCUGGCAGAUCCAAAACGGAUCUCGUCACAGCGAAAAAGAAUUUGCAGUCCAAAGCUUUCACUACGUUAUGUUACUCCGCUGACGGUACGUGCAUAUUAGCUGGUGGCCGUUCCAAGAACGUGUGCAUUUACAAUAUUCAAGAAUCGAUAUUGUUAAAAAAAUACGAGAUCACUCAAAACAGAUCUCUGGAUGGUGUCGAUGACGUUAUAAACAGAAAGUACAUGUCUGAGUUUGGAAAUAGAGCAUUAAUCGAGCACCGCGAAGGCGGAAAUAUAUCGUUGCGACUGCCAGGCGUUAAAAGUGGAGAUAUGGCAAGCAGGAGAGUCAAACCGGAAGUGAGAGUACUUUGUUUGCAAUUCUCUCCUACAGGGCAAGCAUGGGCGGCAGUAACAACGGAAGGUUUGCUGAUAUAUUCUUUGGAUAUUGGAUUGAUGUUCGAUCCAUUUCAAUUGGAGCUUGGAGUCACUCCGGAUACUGUGAAGGAAACACUGGACAAACGCGACUACGCAAAAGCAUUAAUGAUGGCAUUGAAGUUGAACGAGAAGCUAUUAACGCAGCAAGUUAUAGAGACCAUUCCGUACAAAGAAAUUGAAUUAACAACGACGAGUAUGCCAGACAUUUACAUCGAGAAGCUACUGAAAUUUAUAGCGUCCGAAUUGGAAUCAACCAGACACAUACAUUUCUAUCUUUUGUGGGUGGAAACAAUCUUGACGAAAUACGGAUCACGGAUAAAUUCCGCGCUUCAGAUGCCAGUGCUGUUAAUGCUACAUAAAAAUAUGCAAAAGAAAUACGAUGAUCUCAGCAAAAUAUGUGACUUUAAUCAGUACACGAUAGACUACAUACUGAGGAUAGGAGACUUAAAAUCUGCGAAAGAUGUAUCGAUGCAUUCUGCGAUUACGGCAUCUGACGAAUCUGAUUUAUCCGAGGAAGAAGUAGGUGCUGAUUAAAUUUUAUUUAAAUCUUUGGUAAACCGAAUACUUUUUGAUAGUAUAUGUACAUAUAUGACAGUAUUGUGUAAAAAGAUAAACGAAUGCCGACAAAAAAAAUUUUUUUUAUCACAC